AAACCCCCUGGUUGUGGCCCUAUUGUUUACAGACUAGUCCCUUCUAUUCUCUUCUCUCACCACGGGGACGCAGCGGUCCCUUUCCCGUCCGCCGCCGGCGAGGUACACCGUACACUUGCUGGCGAGCUUCGCCUGGUGGGGCGGUGGCACUUGUUUAGGAGUGCCCUGUCACACCUUCUCGUCGUCGUGGCCGUACUCAUGCUCCUAUCCGAAGUCCCAGCCUUCCUCCUCUCCUCCGCUACUCCAUGCUCCGCGAGUCCGCGCGCUCCUUUCCUCCCCCCAUCUCCGCCUCGGGCGGAUGCGGGAAGGGGUCUCGACGGGGGAUCAAGGGCGAUAGCUCCUCGUGGUAUAUGCCCGACAGAGGGAUCUGCAGUACAGUGGGCGAGCUCUGGAACGGCACGGUGGUCGUCGCGCUGCUCAACCGCAGUCCGCACCAUCGAUGUGCGACCCCGUGCUCGACCACCACGCCACAAUACGAUGGAGCUGCCCCAAGUCCAGGGUGGAUGCCCCCGCUGGCCUCGAGUGCUACCGUCUCCCGUGAUCCCGUCUGGACCGAGGCUGUGGGGAACUGGAGAUCCUUCGGAAGCCGAGGUAAACACCGCACAUUUUGCAUUCAGUUGGGCAAGUUGGUUUGGUCAUUGGUAUCGCUGAAACUGCUUAAAGAUGGCCUAUGCCUUUUGCUUGCAUCUUGCGUCUUGUGAAAUAAAUACAGGGCUAGUAGUUGUUCGGAACAUUGCGGUUUCCUGAAACAAACAUCUGGCUUGUUUCCUGUUUCCCAUAUGAAAAGGGUGUUUGCAUAGUGUAGAAGAGAUCAAUGUCCUAUUUUGUAAGGGAGAAAGAAUAAAUGCUGUAUGUGGCAGUGAUUAGAUACCACUGAUGAGAAGGAUAACCUUGGCUUAGUCUCCUGAACCUGUCUGUCCAUCACAAGGCACUCAGCAUUGCCGUAUAGCAUCCAGCAAAGUAACAUCGGGACAUGAUUAGGCAAUAGUCCGUCCCAGGUAAACGUAAACACUUCAAAAAGGUAAGGAUAAAGUAGUUUGGUAGCCUAAAGCAAACGUUUUCAAAGAUUCCUGUGGGUCCAGCAGACCUGCAUAGUUAACAUAGUCGUGUGUUGUUGCUUCAAAUGUCAUACUUCAUCCAGAAUAAUGCUUGGCUCGCAAUGAUCAACGAGUUCAUAAACCUCUAUGGGCAAUCCUUGUUAGGCAGGUAGACAGAUGAGUCAUGCGACACAUCCAUACUCAAAUGACUCUAUAUAUUCCUUGUUUGUGUUUCCAAGCGAAUGCAUGUGCCUCCUAGAAGCAUAGCACAUAUAUAGCUAUCUGCGAGUUUGGAAAAUAUUAUUUAUUCCUUUAUCUCAACUGUAAGAAAGAGCUACAUAGGUUGCAUACCAUGGGUGCAUGUACAACAAUAGCUCCCGUUGUCAGCAAGAUCUUCUGUAGUUCUUCGCACGCUGUGCUGAUGGUGCGCAGGCGCCCUCCCACUGUCAAUGGUGGUGGCUUUGUCGUCACGGACCAGGAUCAGAGGGCCGUUUUCAGCGUCGAUGGCUGUGGGAUCAUAGGUGCUAGUGGGCAGCUGAUUGUCAGGGAUGGUGAUGGCAAUGCAAUCCUGUUCAUUCACAAGAAGGGAGGUGUUGUUCAAGCGUUGUGUGUUAACAACUGGUGGAGAGGAUAUCUGACCGACUAUGGUGAACCGUGAACCAAGUAAGCUGGUUUUCAGCUUGCAGGAUCCUAAGCCUGUCCUCUGCAUGAAGGGUGAUGUUCAGGUCACUGUGGAACCGAAGGGGCGAAACAGGCACUGGGACUAUGAGGUGACUGGAUCUUUUGUCCAGAGAUCUUGUGCCAUCAAAAACCAAGCAGGCCAGGUCGCAGCGCAGGUAAAGGCUCCACAACCAGGACUAUGAAAUUUGGAGUAAGGGCCUGAUUGGAUCAGUGCCAAAACUUGCCCCGCCAAAAUAAGGGCGGACUGAUAAAAUUGGCGCUCGCUUGGUUUGAAACCAAAAAGUAGGCGCGCCGAACUUUCUGGGCAAAUCUGCGGUGUUCAAGUCGCCAACGUUUUGGCUAUCCCGGCUGGACUCCCUCUUCCCGUCACUGGCGCUCUCCUCUCUUUUUUGAAAGAAGCUGGCGCUCUCCUCUCACACCCACAGCGAGCCCGCCACCAUCUCCUCCUCUCACAGCCGCAACGAGCCCGCCAUCUCCUCUCCUCGAGUUCCCACUUCCCAGUUCUCAGCCUUCAGCAACAAAGCCCCAGACUUCCCCCACACAUUCCUGUUGCAGAUUAAAAGGCAUACCUCGAGUACAGAUGGGAUAGGAAAAUCUUUUCAUGAGCUGAGGACCCGGGGGAAUCUGCGCUGGUCUGGUGCUCUCUUCUCCCCAAUCGAUCCAUCUACUCCAACUAGCAUGUGUUCCUCCACGACAGCCAUCAAUUUUGUAGAUCUAACUUUCUAUGAGUCUCUGUUUACAGAUCUGAUGCACCAAAGUGCUGACGAAAAUAUCCAUAAACUAAAUCGACACCUGCUAGAUCCAUUGGUCCAAAGAUUAAGAAGCAAGUUGGAAGAGCUGAUGUUGUAUGUCGUGACAAGUACAAAACCUGGACUGAUGACAGCACGGAGUUCAUGCUUCAGUGGUAUGUUGACUACCAAAAGGACAAACCUGCUCCUUUUAGGUGGAAGCAGCACCACCAUCAUCUAUGUGCAGAAGCUUUGAAUGCCAGAUUUGGAAUAGGAGCUACCAGACAUCAAGUUUAUCGUCACUUUAGGGCAUUCAAGGAGAAAUGGAAUUGGAUAAAGCAAGCUAUGGCCAAGAGUGGCAAUGGUUUUGAUGCAGCGUCAAAAAGGUUCAAUCUUCCAUAUUCAGAGAGAUCACCUUCCAAGCUUGGUACUUUGAAAUAUAACUAUCUUACUCGACCUAUCAAAUUCUUCCAUCUCAUGGAAGAGCUAUUUGGAGAAUCUGGCCAAGCUAAAGGAUCCUUAGCUGUUGACCAAUACACUUUGGGCGCGGAAGAUGAUACAUCCGAAUCAGGGAGUGACGAUUCAUUUACUGCUGAACCUGGUGAGAAUGAUUCUGACACUAUCGCUCGGUGCAGUCCACCAGUUGAAGGCCCUUUUGCUCGGUAGCAUUUCACCUGGACUUGGCUUCAGUUAUGGUAUGAAGCGCAAAAAUAUGAAAUCGCCUAUGAAAAGGCUUCGAAAGCAGAAAGCAAAACGUGCCAAAGCAUUAGAGAAUGAUAAAAUUGCAGCAAGUAUUGUCAUGCUUGCCAAUUCUGUUGCAUCAAAUGGCCAUGCACCUGCAGAUCCUUAUGCUAAUCUUUGGAAGCGUAUUGAGGAUAUACCUUUCCCAGCACGAGAUAAGGUUGAUAUUGCAUCCUUCCUUUCCAAGCCCGAGCAGGUUUACUUGCGCAACUACUUGAACGCUGCAUCUGAUCAGUCAUUUGGAACUUGGGUCACUGAUUACUUAGGUGCCAAGUAUGGUUCUAGUGACUGCUGGGACAGUACUUGCUACCAGCAAUACUACCAACGUCUCCCUUAUGGCCUCCGCUCGUCUCCCCCCGCCCCCUCUCCGACUCCUCCCCUCCCAGACGCAGCCACCCCCACCACCAGCCCCACGCCGGCGGUCACCCCGACCUCGGCGGCCACCUCCCCACUCUGCUCUCCUGGCGCACCAUCUGGCCGCGGCAAGGCGCUGCGUUGGAGCAGGGAUACUCCCCCGUCGGGCAAGUCUGGAGGCGGCGCCCCCUUGCGCUCCUUCAAGGACGUCCUUUUGGCUGCGCUCAAGGCUUCGGCGGCGCCGGCGUGCCCUCCCUCCUCCGCCCCUGGUCGUGCGGACGCUCGCGUCGUGGUGCGCCCGUGCGGCUCCUCUCAUCUCGGACACUGUCCCGUCCCUGAUGCGGACGGCUGGUUUUCCGUGGUGAGCCGUCGCAAGAGGAAGGAACUACGGUGUCUGGCGCGUCAACCCCGGCAUGUUCCGGCGGACCUCCGAGGCAGAUGCUUUAACUGCUUCUCCGCCCGGCACCGCGCGGCAUCCUGCCGCUCUGGCACACGGUGUUUUCGGUGCCGCUCCACGGGUCACCGGUGCUCCGACUAUCCGGAACGGCGCGUGGUCACCUCGUCGGGUCCCCGUUCUCGGUUGGUCUGGCGGCCUGUCUCUGCUGCACCCUCGACGACUCCGGCUCCGAUGGCCUAGGCUCCCACUCCGGUAGCUGCGAUGACCGCUCCUGGGGACGCCCCUGGCCCUAGCCGGCGACGGCGGCGCUCCCGCAAGCGGCGCAACAUGGGUGGGUCCUCGCCCUCGGCUCCACCUCCCUACCCCGAAGAUCCCAAUGACUAUCUGAUCGGCUCCUCUAGUGAUGACGCUAGCCGGGAUGCCAUUGCUGACGGCCUUGCUCGUCCGCGCUGCAUGAUCAGACGUUUGGCUGCCAUCGCUCAGCGGGAAGAGCGCUUGGCCGGGUGUGCUCUCAUCGUCUCUGUGAUCGCGGAUGAGCCUGACAGCCUGAAGGAGCACAUCAUUCCGGCGAUUGCCCGCCGGUUCGAGAUCGAGGAGACCUUGCUGUCCAUCAUCGACUUUGGACAUGCCCGUUUCCUCUUGAUUUCACCGGACGAGUUCUCGGCUACGCGGAUCCUCAACGACGGGCGACCUCUGUCUAUCCCUCCUGGUCGCAUUCACUUCAUGCGGUGGACGCGCUUCUUCCAGUCAUUUGCUGCGGCGUUCACCAUGCCGAUGGAGGUCGAGCUGCGCGGAAUUCCGACGCACGCUUGGGAGCUGGAGACGGUGUUGCAGCUCCUGAGCGGCUGCUGUGUACCUAGCGUCGUUCAUCCGGAUACUGACAUUCAGCGGGAGGUCUUCCGCAUCACGGCAUGGUGUUCUAGUCCGAGCUGCAUCCCCCGUGAUUGAUCUGGAGAUCCCGGAACCAGAGGGCGUGAGGCAGCAGGAUGUGCAGACGCGGCAAACGCUAUCCUACCCUGUUUGGAUCUCCGCUAGGACCCGUGGCGACCAGUCGGAAGCACCGGAUGCUCCACCUCCUCUGGCCACUGAUCAUCAUCGUCGCCGACGGUGGGUUCGACGUCGUGCGGCGGCGACACCUGCUGGGGGCCGUGUCUCGGUCCUGUCACGGCUGGGGACCACGGAUGCGGCCCAACCCCCUGCCCAAGGCGCUGCUUCGUCCUCCGUACCUGGCGUUGAUUGCCCUGCCACCCAGGCGACAUCAUGCGGGAUUGACGAUGCGACGGCGGCGGCUGUGGUUACUCAUGUCCCCUCGGGGCCUCCCCCGAUGGCGGAACAGCUGCCCCCCUCGUCGCCUCGGCUCCCUCAUCUCCCUGGGUUGACCGGUCGGUGGACCCUGGGCCCACAAUUGGCGGGGCCCUCGCCCAGGAUUGCGAUGCGGCCGUGACUACGCUGACACCGGUGGCCACCGUCAGUGGUGAUCUCCCUACGGCCGCCACGAUGUGUCUGGAUUGCCUGGGUGCUGCGCCUGACUCUGCUACGGCAAACAAGGACGCGUCUCCCAUCGUGUCCUCUAUGACGCCCUCAUCGACGGCGACCAAACACGAUUCCUACGACUCUUGUGACAUCCGUACCCCCGACGACGGCUGAUUCUGCUGCGACCAGCCCGGCAUGUCAGGAAUCUGCGAUCGCCGCUUCGCUUGGCACCGCCGUGCCCUGCUCGGCAUUGGACGGCACGCCUCCGGAGCCCCUGGCUUCCGUUGACGGCGCGCCUCUGCCACCUGCGAUGACGGCUGCAGCGGACGCGGAUUCUCUACACCCACGGCGGAUGCUCGAUCAGGAGCUGCGACCACCUCGGCAGCUGCUAAUUCGUCUGAACCUGCAAGAUCGCUGGUUCCUGGUCUUGCGCGCGUCUACACCCGGCGGCUCCCUGCGCUGGAUGCCGCACCUCCUGGGCCAUGUUCUUCACCAGCUCGCGCAAGUCCGCAAUCUGGUCAGCGGGGGAGGUUCUUGGCAAAGAUUACCAAGAAGACGUCGAAGAUCCUCCCUACCCCGCGAGCUAACAGGCUGCGCUCCCGCACUUGUGCCCCCUGCGCCCCUCCGCGACGUAGCCGUCGCAUCACUGGGAUGGAACCUGCCCCCCUAGUGGUGGGGACUCUCUGCGAACGAAGAAGGUGAUGCGGGCUCUGGGUAUCAUCGGUGAGACGGCCGGCAUUGACCAACAAAGUCUGGAGGAAUACAGCAAGCUCUUCACUGGUUCAGCACAUCUCCCCGACAGCCAGGCUUUGGCAUUGUCAGCACUCUUUGGAUGGGCUGCUCCGGAGGAGGAGGAACAGGGAAUGGCGGCUGAUCGCUGACAUCUCACUGCUCAUGGUCGUGUUCCUCUCUUGUGACAAAUAAAAUGAAUCCCUCCAAGUUAAUUUGUUGGAAUGUGCGCAGGCUAAAUUCCAGGGCGCGCCAAGAUACUGUAAGAACCUUGAUCACUUCCUGUCAAGCUGAAAUUGUUUGCUUACAGGAAACAAAAAUGUCAGGCAUCCCCCGUGGGUGCAUUCUUUCUUUGCUCGGGUCGGAUUUUCCAUAUUGGCUUGAACUGCCUUCUGCGGGUGCAAGUGGUGGAAUCCUGGUAGCAUGGCGCCAUAGGCUGGGACCUGCCAGCGCUACCAGAGUUGAUAAUUUCAGCAUCUCAAUUCAGUUUUCUCCUAGCGGCUCACAAGCAUGGUGGCUCACUUGUGUAUAUGGUCCUCAAGGGGAUGACAAUAAAAUUCUCUUUUUGCAAGAGCUUCGAGAUGUAAGGGCAGCAUGUCCUGGACCAUGGCUACUGCUCGGGGAUUUCAAUUUAAUUGUACGCACUGAAGAUAAGAAUAAUGGUCAUGUUAACCGAGCAAUGAUGGGAAGGUUCCGUCGUCUGAUCAAUGAUCUAGAACUAAGUGAGUUACCUCUGCUAGGUCGCAAAUAUACAUGGUCUAAUCAGCAGGAUUCACCUACACUUGUCAGACUUGAUAGAGUUCUUUGCUCAGCACACUGGGAACAAAUGUUUCCUAAUUGUCUCCUGCAGAGUUGCGCUACUGAUGGCUCGGACCAUUGCCCACUUCUUUUAGGAAUGAAUGAUGUCCAACCAGGAAGGGCCAGAUCUCAUUUUGAAACCUUUUUGGACCAAGCUGGAUGGUUUCCAGGAUGUUGUGGCAGCUGCUUGGGCAUCUGAACCAGUCUCCCAUUGUCCUUUGGACACCCUAGCAAGAAAAUUCAGAGCAACAGUGAGAAGUUUACAAAGUUGGAGUCAAAAGAAAGUCGGGCAUGUAAACUCACAGCUAGCUUUAGCCAGGGAAGUUCUCCAUCAACUGGAAAUAGCUCAUUCACGAGGUCUCUCCAUGCUUGAAACUUGGCUGAAAAAUAAGCUUAAACCACAUUGUUUGGCUCUCUCUUCCCUGCAGCGCACCAUAGCGCGAAGCAGAUCACGCAUCAGUUGGCUUAGCGAGGGGGAUGCAAACACAACCUUAUUUCAUGCCCAUGCCCGUCAUCGGAAAAAGAAAAAAUUUCAUCAGUAGACUCACAACUGUUGAUGGGGUUGUUCUCACUAAGCAUGAAGAAAAAGAGCAGAACAUUUUUUAUUUUUACAGCAAUCUGUUGGGAAAGAGCAUUGAUAGGGAAGUGACAGUUAACCUGUCAGAACUAGACAUGCCAAGCAUUGGUCUCAGUAAUUUGGAAGCACCUAUUUCGGAAGAAGAAGUUUGGAAAACGAUUAGCUCCCUACCUUCCGACAAAGCCCCUGGUCCUGAUGGCUUCACAGGCAAGUUCUAUAAGGGGUGCUGGCAGAUUAUCAAAUUAGAUAUAAUGGCUGCAAUUUCAGCUGUUUGGAGCAGAAAGUUUGAUAAUUUUGAGUUGCUCAAUUCUGCCUACAUCACCCUCCUACCUAAGAAAGAGGAUCCCUCAUGCAUCAAGGACUAUAGGCCAAUCAGUCUGGUACAUUCUUUUGCCAAACUUGUAACGAAAAUUCUUGCCAACAGGCUUGCUGGUACUUUGGAUCAGCUGGUAUCUCCUAAUCAAAGUGCUUUCAUAAAAGGGCAUUUUAUUCUAGACAACUUCAUGUUGGUUCAUCAAACUACAAAAUUCCUACACCAGCAGAAACAACCUCGCAUUCUCCUCAAACUGGAUAUCAACAAGGCAUUUGACUCAGUGUCAUGGCCUUUUCUUCUGGAAGUUAUGAAGCAGUUGGGAUUUACACAAGUCUGGUGCGACAUCAUCAGUGGCUUGCUCGCCACCUCCUCCACCCAAGUGUUACUGAAUGGCUCCCCGGGGGAAAAGAUUCACCAUCAGCGUGGCCUAAGACAAGGGGAUCCACUGUCUCCUAUGCUUUUUAUUCUGGUCAUGGAUGUGCUAUGUCAUUUGGUAAAGAAAGCCGCAGAUGAACAGCUAUUGCAACCUUUGGCAAGAAGAGCCUUGCAGCACAGGAUCUCUCUGUAUGCUGAUGAUGUGGUUUUAUUCUUGCAACCGUCAGCAAGCGACAUUGAAAUCACCUUGGAUAUCCUGCAGCUCUUUGGUAAUGCAUCCGGCCUCACAACAAAUCUUCAGAAAAGUAGUGUUCUCCCCAUACAGUGCAAUGAAGAGGACAAGAUUGUUCUGCAGGACUCCUUGCCAUGCCAAGUGUCUGAAUUUCCUUGCAAGUACCUAGGGGUACCCCUCUCCCCAUACAAGUUAACCAAAGCACAGGCACAACCCAUCAUUGAAAAAAUUGCAGAUCGACUCCCAAGCUGGAAGGCUGAUUUGCUUACUAAAGCUAGCAGGACAAUUUUGGUGCAAUACGUUCUCACCUCAAUGCUUGUAUACAUCCUCAUGGCACUGGAGUUGCCCCCUUGUGCCUUGAAGGCAAUUGACAAGAUAAGGAAAGGAUUUCUUUGGAAAGGCAGAAAAGAUGCAAGGGGAGGGCAUUGCUUGCUAGCCUGGCCAAAGGUCACAAGACCAAUUUAUUUGGGGGGUCUUGGCAUUUCUGACCUUCAGAACAUGGGAUAUGCCUUGCAACUUAGGUGGUUAUGGCUGCAGAAAACGGACCCUGAAAAGGCAUGGGCCAUCAUCCCCAUCAAAGCUUCAUCUAAAGUCCAAUCCUUCUUUGAAGUGGCAGUUGAAACAGUAGUGGGCAAUGGCAAAAAUACUCGCUUUUGGACAGACUGCUGGCUGCUCGGCCAGAGUUUAAAACAGGCCCUACCUCAUUUAUUCAGUGCUAUAGCAGUCAGAGCAAGGAAAAGGACGGUUUAUGAUGCACUCAAUGAUGGAAAAUGGAUCUCAGAUAUUAAAGGUGCUUUGAGUGUGCCGGUGCUGGUUGAAUAUCUUCAUUUGUGGGACAUUCUUUCCAAUGUCGUCUUGCAGCCGGAAGUGGAAGAUGCACACAUUUGGAAGUUCACAACUUCUGGAAAAUACUCGUCCAAAUCAGCAUACGAGGCAUUGUUUAUUGGAGCAACUCAGUUCAGUCCCUGGGAAAUAAUUUGGAAGAGUUGGGCCCCGGGGAAUGCAAAUUUUUCAUGUGGACAGUGGCCCACAAAAGGUGCUGGACUGCUGAUAGGCUUGCACGGCAUGGUCUUGAUCACCCACCAAAAUGUCCUCUAUGUGACCAGGAGGGUGAAACAAUUGACCACCUAUUGGUUUCUUGUGUGUUCACCCGGCAAUUUUGGUUCAUCAUUCUACAGAGUUUUGGUCUACAGGCUGUUGCUCCACAGAUGAAUGAUCAGUUUUUUGUAGAAUGGUGGAAUGGAGCAAGCAGUAGGCUUUCGGGUCAAGUAAAAAAAGGGAUUCAAUUCCAUUAUUAUCCUUGGAGCGUGGUCAGUUUGGAAACAUCGCAACCACUGCAUUUUUGAUGGAGGAACACCUGCCUUACCCUGGGUUAUUUCAGAGUUUAAAGAAGAGGCUCAGUGCUGGUCUGUAGCAGGGGCUCGAGGAGUGUCUCACCUCCUCGCCUUGGCUCCCUCCUAGUCUCUCUUGUUGUCAGUCUGGUCUGGUCCUAGGGUUCUUUGAGAGAAUCAGUUUAAGUGUUUUCAGGGUGUGUUACAAACCCUCCAAUGUUGUAACAUCUUUUGUUCUAGGGGCUCUUUACCCCCGUUUUUUCCUUCUUAAUAUAUUGAUGCGCAGCUCUCCUGCACGUUCGAGAAAAAA